AUUGCCCAAUCAUUAAGAGCUGUGUGAUUUUCUCAGCCAUUUAAAAGUCAGGCACGGCCAUGUAACUCACACAGUUUGUCUUUGCCAGACUCUAGAAAAGAAGGAGCACUGCUCCAUUCUGAAUAAACAGCUCUAUGCAACUGCCAGAACAAUGGAAUCGAUGCUGACUUUGUCAACAGAGGAACCUGUUAAAAAGAACACUCUUAGGAAAUACAAAAUAAUUUGUACUGUCCUUCUUGCUUUGUUGGUGAUUGUGUCACUUGCAUUAGGUCUGGUACUUGGACUCAGGAAACCAGAAAAUCAAGGCAGCUGCAGGAAGAAAUGCUUUGAUUCAUCUUAUAGCGGACUAGAGGGCUGCCGGUGUGAUGUGGGAUGCAAAGACCGAGGCGAUUGCUGCUGGGAUUUUGAAGACACCUGUGUGCAAUCAACUCAAAUAUGGACAUGCAAUAAAUUUCGCUGUGGGGAGACCAGAUUAGAGUCCAGCCUUUGCUCGUGUUCAGAUGACUGUUUGCAGAGAAAAGACUGCUGUGCUAACUAUAAAAGUGUUUGCCAAGGAGAAAUCCCGUGGGUGGAAGAAGACUGUGAUGCAGCCCAGCAGUCUCAGUGCCCAAAAGGGUUUGACCCACCACCAGUUAUCCUGUUUUCAUUGGAUGGAUUUAGAGCUGAAUACUUACACACAUGGGGUACUUUAAUGCCAAAUAUCAAUAAGCUGAAGACAUGUGGAAUUCAUCCAGAAUAUAUGAGAGCUAUGUAUCCUACAAAAACCUUCCCAAAUCAUUACACCAUUGUCACGGGCUUGUAUCCAGAAUCACAUGGCAUCAUUGACAAUAAUAUGUAUGAUGUAAAUCUCAACAAGAAUUUUUCACUGUCUUCAAAGGAGCAAAAUAAUCCAGCCUGGUGGUUUGGGCAACCAAUGUGGCUAACAGCAAUGUAUCAAGGCUUAAAAGCUGGUACCUACUUUUGGCCAGGAUCAGAGGUGGCUAUAAAUGGCUCCUUUCCUUCCAUAUACAUGACUUAUAACAGUAGUGUCUCAUAUGCAAUGAGGAUCUCUACAUUAUUAAAAUGGCUGGACUUGCCCGAAGCUGAAAGACCCAGUUUUUAUACCAUGUAUUUGGAAGAGCCUGAUUCUUCAGGACAUGAAAGUGGACCAGUCAGUGCCACAGUAAUUAAAGCCUUACAGUUAGUAGAUGAUGCAGUUGGAAUGUUGAUGGAAGGCCUCAAGCAGAGGAAUUUACACAAUUGUGCCAAUAUAAUCCUUUUGGCUGACCAUGGAAUGGACCAGACUUAUUGUGCCAAGAUGGAAUAUAUGACUGAUUAUUUUCCCAAAAUAAACUUCUACAUGUAUGAAGGGCCUGCCCCCCGCAUCAGGACUCGUAACACACCUCAUGACUUUUUUAGUUUUGAUUCUGAAGAAAUUGUUAGGAACCUCAGUUGCCAAAAACCCGAUCAGCAUUUCAAACCCUAUUUGUCUCCUGAUUUACCAAAACGACUACACUAUGCCAACAACGUCAGAAUUGACAAAGUUAUUCUUAUGGUGGAUCGACAAUGGCUGGCUGUGAGGAGUAGCACAAGUUCAUACUGUGGAGGAGGCAACCAUGGUUAUAACAAUGAGUUUAAGAGCAUGGAGGCUCUGUUUUUGGCACACGGACCCAGUUUUAAAGAGAAGACUGAAAUCGAACCAUUUGAAAAUAUUGAAGUCUAUAACCUAAUGUGUGAUCUCCUACGCAUUCAACCAGCGCCAAACAAUGGAACCCAUGGUAGUUUAAACCAUCUUCUGAAGGUGCCUUUUUACGAGCCGUCCCAUGCAGAGGAAGUGUCAAGGUCUUCUGUUUGUGGCUUUACUGCCCCUUUGCCCACAGAUCCUCUAGACUGUUCAUGCCCUCAGCUACAAGACAGUGCUCGUCUAGAACAAGUGAAUCAAAUGCUAAAUCUCAUCCAAGAAGAAAUAACAGCAACAGUAAAAGUAAAUUUGCCAUUUGGGAGGCCCAGGGUUGUUCAGAAGAACGUGGACCACUGUCUUCUUUACCAUAAGGAAUAUGUCAGUGGAUUUGGCAGAGCUAUGAAGAUGCCCAUGUGGAGCUCGUAUACGCUACCCGCGCUGGGAGACACAUUGCCUCUUCCUCCCACUGUUCCAGACUGUCUGCGGGCUGAUGUCAGGGUUACUCCUUCUGAGAGCCAAAAAUGUUCCUUCUAUUUAGCAGACAAGAAUAUCACCCACGGCUUCCUCUACCCUCCUGCAAACAAUAGAACUUCCGAUAGUCAAUAUGAUGCCUUAAUCACAAGUAAUUUGGUCCCUAUGUAUGAAGAAUUCAGAAAAAUGUGGGACUACUUCCACAGUGUUCUUCUUAUAAGGCAUGCCACAGAGAGAAAUGGAGUAAAUGUGGUUAGUGGACCGAUAUUCGAUUAUAAUUAUGAUGGCCAUUUUGAUGCUCCAAAUGAAAUUACAGAACAUGUAGCCAACACCAGUGUUCCCAUCCCAACACACUACUUUGUGGUGCUGACAAGUUGUAAAAACAGGAGCCACACACCCGACAACUGCCCUGGGUGGCUGGACGUCCUCCCCUUUAUUAUCCCUCACCGACCUACCAACGUGGAGAGCUGUGCUGAAAAUAAAACAGAAGAUCUGUGGGUUGAAGAAAGAUUUAAAGCACACAUUGCACGGGUCCGAGAUGUAGAACUUCUUACCGGGCUUGACUUUUACCAGGAAAAAGUACAGCCUGUUUCUGAAAUUUUGCAACUCAAGACAUAUUUACCCACAUUUGAAACCAUUAUUUAACUUAAUAAUGUAUACCUAAUGUGUAAAACAAUUUGGGUAAAAUGUAAAUGAUUUUUUUCUGGAGAAUUGUAAAAUAAAGUUUUCUAUUUUUCCUCAA